UCAUGCUGUUGAAUCGCAAUAAUUGUUAUCAAGAAUCUAACUCUCAAGUUUUCAUGGAUCAACGCAAGACUUAUAUGUAUCGACCCGGAUCCAAUAGGUUCAUUUCAAACACAUCCGACUCUUACGAGAAAUUCGUUACCAUAAUAGAUCAAUAUAUUAGCGAUUUUUCUUUUAUUCGCCAGCUUUCCGCGCGAUUUAAUAUCCGGCCUACAUAUAUUCCCGUUUUCGCUUUAUUAAUUUUCUUAAUCAUUUUGGGCGUCUUUGACAGUUUCUUGACAAGCGCCACUGGGUUUUUUUAUCCCGCAUGGCAAUCGUUUAAGGCGAUUGAGAGACCUGAGAAUAACGCUCAUACUCAAUGGUUGACUUAUUGGGUGGUGUACGCUUUUUGUACCCUCAUUGAAAUGUUUGGAGGUAUUCUUCUUUCAUGGAUACCUUGUUACCAUAUUUUUAAAAUCAUAUUUUUUUUUUGGUUGUUUUUACCACAUUUCCAAGGAGCAAGCUUUAUUUACGCUCACUUUAUUAGACCUAUUCUUCUUCAGUACGAAAUGCAAAUUGACCAGACGAUCCACCGUGUAGCAAAAACAGCUGUUAAUGUUGCAUCUUCUAUACAAUGCAGUGAUGAGAUUAUGAAAAAUCCUAAUGAGAGAACUCACACAACAUAAAAUCUCUGUAAUAUUGUUAAAUUUUAUAUUGUUUAAAAGUCUAUUGAUUGUGGAUGUACGCUGUUAUAUAUAAAAUAUUUUUUAAAGUAGAUUUUUUAUCAAAAGCCUAUAUUUAAAAAUGUUGUUUUUUUUCCUUUACUCGUUAUGAACCACAGAACGACUUAUUUUGUUCAAAACCAUUUUGUAACACAUAACAAAAACAUGUAAAAUACAAGCAUUUUUUUUCUAUUUCAUGGCAUUAAAUACACUUCAUUAAGCACUAUUGAACUUGAGAAACUAGAGCACAAAACAACUAUCUUUUUUGUAAAAUGUACAACUAACCCGUUAUAUACUAUGUCACUGUUUUACUUUAU